AUUGUAGACGUUGUUGUUUUUAUGGGUGUUAUAAACGGACAGAUGAAGUGACAUUAUUAUUACCUAAAUAUUAAAAUAUUAAAACAAACGUGUAUAUAUUCAAAUAUUUGUGAAAAAAAAAUUUUUUCAAUAAAAAAUCCUCAUAGAAGAGUGUAAAAUGUGAUUAACAACGCCGUGUUGAUUCAACGGAAUUGAAGUACAUCGAGGAAAAAAGCUUUUCUCGUAAACAAUAAUUUUGGUGAUAAUGCGAAAUUAGGAGAUAUUAUUUCAAAAUGGUUCCAAUUCCAUCUGAAUAUAGUUACGAUUUUUGGGAUAAAACCUCUACGGAAUGCUCAAUUACAUUAACAUGUUUAUUACCUAACGGUAUAAUAAUUUUGUUGGAAAACGUGAGUUAUAAUGCAUCUUUCGCCGAAAUCAAAGAGGAUUUAUGGGAGGAAGCUGCAAAGUUUCCCCUAUUCGGUAAACUCCACGACAUGUCCGUAUAUAUUUUUACUUACAUCAAUUCUAUGGCCGAACGGGAGAAAAUCAACGACGAAUCGAGGAGAUUAUGCGAUAUUCGACCAACAGGAGCUAUAUUAAUAAUUUCCGAAUGUCGUGGAGAAAAAUCCGACGAUAGUUUAAACAUUUCUAUAGGGCAUUUGAUAGGGAAACGUCUACAAGAAUUCGACGCUCUGAAUAGCUCGGAAAUCAACGAUUUCCGUUUCAAAAUGCGUCGGAUGGGCGACGAAAUCGCCCAACAAAGAUCCAAACAAUCAUGGGUGGAAAGUCUGAAAUAUCAAUUCCCGCCGCGGAUUCAAUCCGACAGUUUCGUUUUGGACCAAACAGUCAACGGGAACAUAAAAAUCGCCACCAAAUUCGAUCACGAAUAUAAUUUCUACGAUAAGAAGAACGAAAAGGAGAUAAUGCAAAGCAGUUACACUUUCAACGUUCCGGCGAUAAUAAAACCUAAAAAACUGUUGGAAAUGUUCCUGGCUAAGAGGGCGACGACGUUGAAUAUCAGGAACGAACGCGUCAGCGAGUACGUUUUGAAAGUGUGCGGCCAGGACGAGUUCCUUAUAGGAGAUAAUAGGAUUAUCGAAUUUCAGUACGUUCAGGAUUGCAUUUCGAGGGGUAUCACGCCGACUCUUAUCACUUUACACGUCGAUAAAGUACCGGUAUUCAAAACCAACGAUUACGAAUGUUUGGACAUAUUCGAAAACCGAAAAGUCCAUUCGACGUCGUUCGGUUCGACGAAUACGUUGAGGAAAAAGAAGAACGGCGUUUCUUCUUGGAGCAUAAACGAUAAUUUCGUCGUUAAAAUAUGUACGGUCAGUAAAUUGAACUGCGAUUUGAAAAAAACGUCGGAGAUCGGUAUCCAGGCGGGGCUUUUCCACGGCGGAAAAUCGCUUUGUCAACCGAAAAAGACUAUCGAUUGUAGCAUAAACGACAAAUACGAAUGCGCCAUCGAUACUGAAUUGAUUUUCGAUAUCGAAGUGCGCGACGUACCGAGAAGCGCCAAAUUGUGUUUCGUCGUUUAUGAAGUUAAUAAAUACGUCAAAGGAACCAGAACCAAAAAGACGAAGGAUUCCAAUAAGGAUAAUAAUUUUUCGAAUAAUCCGCUAGCUUGGGCGAAUACGUCUGUAUACGAUUUCAAAGGUCAAUUAAAAAGUGGCGAUAUGACUCUCUAUAUGUGGGCCUUCGCCGACGAUAUGAAUUCCGACGAUUUUUUACAUCCCUUAGGUACCGUCGUUAGUAAUCCGUACAUCGAACACGCCACCACCCUCACCGUCAAUAUCAAAAGUUACGCCAACGAUCAGACGGUCGUUUUCCCUUCGGUCGAAUCGAUUAUCAAAAACGUGGAUCUCAAAGAUUCCGACAAAGAAAUCGAACGAAUCGACGAAGCGGCAUUCAAAAAACUCCUCUACGAAACCGACAAUUUGUACGAGGCGCACGAUCAGGAUCGCAAGAAAAUAUGGGCGUUGAAGAAUCAUUGGCGUCGCAUCGAACCGGAAGUGCUGCCGAAAUUGUUGUACUGCAUCGAUUGGGAUAAGCGCGAAGAGGUCAGCGAGGUGUUCGCCAUGUUGAAAGUUUGGCCGAAACUGUCGGUGGAAAAGGCUUUGGAAUUGUUGGAUUACGCUUACGCCGAUCAGGAAUUGAGGAAAUUCGCCGUCGAAUGUCUGUACGACGUCAGCGACGAGGAGAUCCUGUUGUAUCUGUUGCAAUUGGUGCAGGCGUUGAAGCACGAACUCUAUUUGGAUUGCGAUUUGGUUAAUUUUUUGUUGAGGAGGGCGUUGAGCAAUCAACAGAUCGGUCACUAUUUGUUUUGGCAUCUCAGAUCGGAAAUGUCCGUACCGGCUGUAUCGGUUCGCUUCGGCCUUAUAUUAGAGGCUUACUGCAGAGGUACCCAAGAACAUAUAGUUAUAUUACAAAAACAAUUGGAGUGCCUCGACAAAUUGAAAAUUUGCAGCGAAUUAGUCAGACAGAGUAAGGAUAAGGAAAAGGCGAAGGCUGCCCUUAAGGAAUAUCUCAGCGAAUCUAUAGCAGAAAUGGCCAUAAACAAUACGAGGAGUCCUUUGAAUCCGAUGUACAGAUGCACGAGGAUAAAGUUGGAAAAGUGCAGGGUGAUGGAUAGUAAGAUGCGACCCCUUUGGAUAGUAUUCGAAAAUUCUGACGCUUACGGCGAAGACGUGUACAUCAUAUUUAAAAACGGCGAUGAUCUACGACAAGACAUGCUCACUUUACAGAUGAUAAAAUUAAUGGACAAAUUGUGGAAAAAAGAAAACUUGGAUCUGAGGAUGAAUCCUUACGGUUGCAUAUCUUUAGAAAACCGCGUCGGUAUGAUCGAAGUUGUACUCAACGCCGAAACCAUAGCGAACAUACAAAAAGAAAAGGGAAUGUUUACGGCUACCGCCGCAUUCAGGAAAGGACCGAUUUUAGCAUGGUUGAAAGAUCACAAUCCUUCGGAGAACGCACUCAACAAAGCUGUUACCGAAUUUACUUUAUCCUGCGCAGGUUAUUGCGUUGCCACUUACGUUUUGGGUAUCGCGGAUCGACAUUCCGAUAAUAUUAUGGUCAAACAGAACGGACAGGUUUUUCACGUGGAUUUCGGACACAUCCUCGGCCAUUUCAAAGAAAAAUUCGGUUUCAAAAGAGAACGAGUACCAUUCGUAUUGACCCACGAUUUCGUCUACGUAAUCAACAAAGGACAAAACACUAAAUCGUUGGAAUUUAAAAUAUUCCAAGAAUGUUGCGAAAAGGCUUUCAUGGUGCUCCGCAAACACGGCAACCUCUUCAUAUCCCUAUUCGCCAUGAUGAUAUCGACCGGUUUACCGGAAUUGAGUUCCGAAAAGGAUCUCAAUUAUCUAAGGGACACUUUGGUAUUGAAAAUGUCCGACGACGAGGCCCUUAAACAUUUCAGAUCGAAAUUCGACGAGGCCUUGUCGAAUUCGUGGAAGACCAGCGUCAAUUGGGCCACUCACAACAUCGCCAAAAAUAAUCGGGCGUGAAACAAAAUAAAAAAAUUAAAAAAUUAAAAAAAGAAAAAAAGUGCCAAUAUUUUAAUAGUUCGACUAUUUAUACUAAGUACGAUGAUACGAAUAAUUAUGGAAAAAUUUGUAAAUAAAUUUUGUCGAUGUUCGA